AUGGAGGAGGAUUUCCCAACAAAACGAAAGUGUGAAGACUAUGUCCCAUUGCAAAAACAAAUUAUCACAAGUCAAGGCAUUAUUUGCGUUCCUCCAAGACAAACACAAUUAGUUGAACCACAAACACUGUUUUUUAAUAAAAAACACGCCGAAAAAGUUACACCAAGAGACGAAAAAUUAUUCCACGUUUUCGACUACCGCGAGGAGUUUCAAAAGACAUUAACGCGUGACAUGCAGACAGUGAAAUUUCAGAAAUUCCUCAACGAAACAAAAACCCUGAAAACCUCAACACUUCAGAAUUCAGAAAAAGUUGUGAAAAUUAAUAUGACUUAUAAUCAUCAAAAUGUAUAUAUUCAGCCAUAUGUGGUAUUUAUGAUGAGUGUAUUCAAACGGGGUGACGAGGCUGUAUGGUCGGAGAAGAAAGAAGCAUGGUUCUAUGUCUCUGAAUAUGGGGAAAUAGUGCUCAAAAACGCGUUUAUAGAAGGGUCCACUUUCUUCAGCUCGUUGAAGUGUGUGGCGAAAAUUAUCAAUGACGUCCACCUCUACAUCAACUUUCUUGUCAGAAAUGCAGAGACACAUGUUAAGUGCCUUUUUUCCGUUUGUUAA